UAAAAUGCUGAACAAAAUAAAGAAAAUUUGAUGUAAAUACAAAUUCUGACUGUGAUUAAUGAAGAAACACUAUGAUAAGUGCCAAGGCUUUGAUCAUACUAAAGUUGAGUGCAUCAAUACAUUAAAGAAAGUGUUACAGAGUUAAAAAAAUUCUUGAAGCAGUUUAAAAGAAGACUAAGAGCAGCUGAACAAAUAUGUUGCCCUUAUCUUCCACAAUCGUCAUUGUUAAUUCUUUUAAAAAAGCAUGCCAACGAUUCUCAAAACAAUAACCCGCUAAUAAUGAGAUGAUUGAUUGUGAAGUCAAACAUCCAUUUUGUCAAACAGGUUUCAUCUUGGGUUCCUUCCAAAUUCCCGUCAUUCACCAGACCCUUUACCCUGACUGAAAUUCACCAUCUUCCUUAUUUAAACAGUACAAGAGUGUUGCAAUUUGGGUUUAAGUGAGGCAUCCCAGUAAUGAGAACAGCGUCAUGUCAUAUGGUGUUCUUCAGCCUUUUCAGGCACCACCUGAAAACGACGUCUUUUUGAGGUCUUUCUAGUACGGCUGGGAUUCGGUGUUGUUCUCCCUUUGCUCGAUGAGGAAGCAGAUGAAUGAGCAAAAGCAAAGAAAUGAAUGAGGACCGCAAAUUCAUUGUUAAGCAAACUUCAGUGGCCGCCGACCAAACUCCAUGAAUCACUCCGAACUUUAAACCCAUCCAAUUCCAAUUUCAAUUAUGGUGCGUACGGUCACCUUAUCCAACACUUCACCAACCAUCACCUCCCUCGCCAAGCCAAGCAACUCCAUGCGCGCAUCGUUCUGUCUUCAGUCACUCCCGAUAACUUCCUUGCUUCGAAACUAAUUUCUUUUUACUCAAAAACCAAUGGCCUUCUCCAAGCUCACCAUUUGUUCGACCAAAUUCCCCAAAAAAAUACCUUCUCUUUUAACGCCUUGCUCAUCGCCUAUUGCCAACAUAACAAGUUUGCUGACACUUUGAGGUUGUUUUCAAGUUUCCGCGACGUUAUUAGGCUGGAUAAUUUUACCAUUACGUGCUUAUUAAAGGCGCUAGCAGGUUCAUUUUGUGAGGAAGGGGUGGCUAAGGAGGUCCAUUGCUUUGUUUUGCGAGGUGGGUACAAUGAGGAUAUUUUUGUUUGUAAUGGGUUGAUCACCUACUAUUCAAAAUGCAUGGAAUUCGGCUUGGCGAGAAAAGUGUUUGAUAAAAUGGGUGAAAGAGAUAUUGUGUCAUGGAAUUCGAUGAUUUCAGGGUAUUCACAAGGAGGGUUUUACGAUGAAUGCAAGGCUUUGUAUAGAGAAAUGGUGGAUACUUCAGAAUUUAAGCCUAAUGCGGUAACUCUACUUAGUGUUUUGCAAGCGUGUGGACAAUCCAAUGAUCUUCUUCUUGGAAUGGAAAUUCAUCGGUUUAUCAUUGAGAAUUCUAUCGAGACGGACAUUUUGAUUUGUAAUGCUUUGAUUGCAUUAUACGCAAAAUGUGGGAGUUUGGAUUAUGCUAAUGAGUUGUUUGAGGGUAUGAGUGAUCAAGAUGAAGUUACUUAUGGCUCACUUAUUUAUGGUUGUAUGUUUCAUGGGUUCAUUGACAAAGCUAUGGAGCUUUUCCGCCAAUUGAAACACCCAGGUUUGAGUACAUGGAAUUCUGUGAUUUCAGGAUUGUUUCAGAACAAACAGUAUGAUGGGGUUUUGGAUUUAGUUUGGGAAAUGCAGGCAUGUGGUCUUAGACCCAAUGCUGUGACACUAUCAAGCAUUCUUCCCACUUUCUCAUAUUUUUCGAACCUGAAAGGAGGGAAAGAGAUACAUGCUUAUGCUGUUAGAAACAAUUAUGAGAGCAACAUCUAUGUUGCGACUGCCCUUAUUGAUACUUAUGCGAAGGUGGGGUUUCUACGUGGGGCACAACGGGUUUUUGAUCAAUCAAAAUGUAGGAGCUUGAUUAUUUGGACAGCAAUAAUUGCAGCAUAUGCUUCCCAUGGAGAUGUUGAUGCAGCUCUAGGUUAUUUUCAUGAGAUGCUUUAUAAUGGAAUUCAGCCAGAUCCUGUCACAUUCACUGCAUUGCUCUCUGCUUGUGCUCAUUCAGGAGUGGUAGAUGAAGCUCAGAGGAUCUUUGAUGCCAUGCUCGUAGACUAUGGCAUUCCACCCUCAGUUGAGCAUUAUGCCUGUAUGGUAGGGGUCCUAAGCCGAGCAGGGAGACUCUCAGAAGCCACAGAGUUUAUUUCUAAAAUGCCAAUUGAACCAAGUGCUAAGGUUUGGGGUGCAUUGCUACAUGGGGCUUCAGUUUGUGGUGAUGUUGAACUUGGGAGGUUGAUUUGUGAUCAUUUGUUUGAGAUAGAGCCUGAGAACACUGGAAAUUACAUCAUCAUGGCAAACCUAUAUUCACAAGCUGGUAGAUGGAAAGAAGCUGAUAUGAUCCGGGAAAAAAUGAUGAACGUUGGGUUAAAGAAGAUCUCAGGCACUAGUUGGAUUGAAACUAGUGUAGGCUUACAAAACUUUAUUGCGAAGGACAGAUCAAGUGAAAGAAUUGAAGAAAUAUACAGUCUGCUAGAAGGGUUGCUUGGUUUGAUGAAGGAAGAAGGGUAUACUUUGCAUGAUAAAUUUGAUGAGGAGAGUGUUUAUGAUCAUUGAAUACUGAUCAACAUAAUCGCCGCAACCUUCUCAAGGAUUUAAAUGCACCCUUGAGGCUUUAAAGUAAAAAUGAUUGCUAAAGAUGUUGAGGACAUCGGAUCCUUAAUGCAUUUCUCUUUUAAUUCUACCAGAAAUUGUUACUUUAUGGCUAAAAUGAAGAGACACUUUCGAAUUAAA